AUGGGAACAAAGUUUAGAGCAGCAGUUAUCACUCUUUUUCUUUCAUCCCUCCUUCUUGAUCAGCUGGUGUUUUCUGAAUCCAACGAUGGAUUAAUUAGAAUUGAACUGAAAAAGUUUAAGUUGGAUGAAAACAACCGCAUUGCUGCUCGACUUAUCCCGCAACUACCGGAUUCUCCAAAUGAUGGCGUCAUUGUAGGGCUAAAGAAUUACCAGAACAUGCAGUACUAUGGUGAGAUUUCAAUCGGUACACCACCACAGAAAUUCACUGUGCAAUUUGAUACAGGAAGCUCUAACUUGUGGAUAACUUCCUCAAAGUGCUACUUUUCCAGUGCAUGUCAUUCUAAAUCCAAAUACUAUGCCCGUCGAUCAAGAACGUAUAAAAAGACCGGAACACCUGCUAGGAUAGGCUAUGGUGAAGAUUCAAUAUCUGGCAGGAUUAGCCAAGACAAUUUUGUAGUUGGUGGUUUAACAAUUAAGAAUCAGGUCUUCGUUGAAGCAACAAGCCUGCCCGAUUCUGAGAUUUAUACUAAUACCAAGUUUGAUGGCAUUCUUGGCCUUGGAUUUCAGGAGAAAUCAAUUAGAGGUGUUGUUCCAAUAUGGUACAACAUGAUGUACCAGGGUCUGAUUCAGAAUCGAGUGUUCUCAUUUUGGCUUAAUAGAAACACAGAAGAAGAGGAAGGAGGUGAAGUUGUGUUUGGUUGGCGGCCUGAUUCAAGGCAUUACAUGGGGGACCAUACUUAUGUCCCUGUGAACCGCAAGGGUUAUUGGCAGUUUGAUAUGGGUGAUGUCACUAUAAACGGUAAACAUUUAGGUGUAACUGGUCUUUCUGCAUUCCCGGAUUCUGGAUGUUCUCUAUUGUUAGGUCCAACUAUUGCGAUUACCAUGUUAAACCAUGAAAUUGGAGUUGACAGAGAAGAUAACCCUAAAUGCAAGUCAAUUGUAAGAAUGCAUGGACAACAAAUUCUGAACAUGCUCCUAAUAAAGGAGAAACUUGAGAAAAUUUGUUCCCUAAUUGGAUUAGGCCGAGUUCAAGGAAAGAAAAGUAAUAAUGAAAGAACAUUUAUGAGCAAUAUUUGUGAAAUGAUAGUUGCAUGGAUGGAGAUUCAGCGUAGGAAGAAUCAAACAGAAGAUGUUAUUUUAAACUACGUUGAUGAGCUAUGUGAUUCGAUGCCACAAAAUCAGCAAAGGCAAUCAACUGUGAACUGUUUGCGAAUUUCCUCAAUGCCUAUAGUUUCAUUUUUAAUUGGUGGUAGAAAUUUUACACUUUCACCUGAGGAGUAUGUAUUGAAGACUAUUGGAGGUGGUUGCAUAAGUGGCUUUAGAUCCUUAGAUAUUCCUCAUCCAAUUGGAUAUACCUGGGUUUUGGGGGCCAUAUUCAUGGGUCGUUAUCACACCGUAUUUGACUAUGGAGGAAUGAGAGUUGGAUUUGCAGAUGCAGCAUAA